AUGCGCGACACACCCUCCAAAUUCAUCGAGAUCCUGGAUCCAAAGGAUACCUCGCGCAUGUCUGACUCAGACGUCCGCCUGGAAGAUGUCCUCGCCGAUCACGAGGCUAUCAGCAGUCGGCCCCGCUCCUCUACACAAUCCUCCACAAAGCCAAGUGAUAAAUCCAUGCGUCGCGACUCGGCUUCGCCAACCCCGCGCUGGAAGCGCCUGAGUAAUAUUCUCGUGCAGCCUCGUCGCAACUCUUAG